ACUUUCUUUGAAUUUCUUUCACACCUCAAAGGAAAAAACCAUUCUCUCUCUAAAACACAUACACCCACCUACCUACCAUAAAAACCAGAUCAACCCUACCCUACUUCUUCUUCCUUUCUUCUUCCAAACAGCAAAUCAAACCCCAUUAGUUCUCUCUCUUUUUCCUCUAGCUAUCUUAUAUGGUAGUAUUUUACUAUUUUCAUGAAGUUUUAGUUUCUUUAAUCUGAUAAACAAAAAGGAUACUAAUCACUGUUAUUAUUAUGGAAGGGGUUGAAACAGUAAAGAUUGAAAAUAUGGUGGGUUCAUCAUCGUCAACGACAACAACAUUUCCUGAUCUUUUUCUUCAGAGUAGUUAUUCAGUACAGAGUGUUUUUGAUAAUUUUUAUGAAGGAGGAGGAGGUGGAGAUAAGAGUUCGUUAGGGUUUCUUGAGUUGUUGGGCAUGCAAGAUUUUGGUAGUGUAAGUCCUUCGGUUUUUGAUGUGUUUCAACAGGCUGUGCCGUGUAAAAAUGGUGGUGUUAAUACUCCAGUUGUUGUAACGAAGAUGGAGUCGGCGGAUGGGUUGGUUAAUCAGCCUGCAACUCCUAAUUCUUCGUCUAUUUCUUCGGCUUCUAGUGAGGCUUUGAAUGAUGAAGUUUUGCCUAUUUUGGCUGUGGAUAAUAAUGAAGAAGAAGAGCAACAAAAGACCAAGAAAGAGUUAAAGGCAAAGAAGACAAAUCAGAAGAGACAGAGAGAAGCUAGAUUCGCAUUCAUGACAAAGAGCGAGGUUGAUCAUCUGGAAGAUGGGUACAGAUGGAGAAAGUACGGUCAAAAAGCUGUGAAAAACAGCCCUUUUCCUAGGAGUUAUUAUCGUUGCACUACUGCAUCAUGUAAUGUGAAGAAAAGAGUGGAACGAUCUUUCAGUGAUCCAACCAUAGUUGUCACCACCUACGAAGGCCAACACACACAUCCCAGCCCCGUAAUGCCUCGUCCGAGCUUUCUCGGAGCUCCGGCGGACUCUGGUUAUUCCACCGCGGCUUUUACCAUGCCGGUGCAAACAAGAUUAUCGCUCUAUCAACACCAACACCAACAACAACAACAACCUUUUGCUAACAGUUUUUCACCGUUGGGUUUUGGUUAUAAUGCAAAUACAAAUGGUAGGCUUUUACAUGAGAGGCGUAUUUGCAGCAUUCAAGGAGGUGGUUUGCUCGAAGAUCAUGGCCUUCUUCAAGAUAUUAUCCCUUCUCAUAUGUUAAAAGAGUAGAUUAUAUUAUAUAGAUAAAACCCUAUUAGUUACUGCUUUUGUAGUUUCGGUUAACUGACAUGAAAAAGGAUGUGUAGAUGAAAUACCCUUUUGCUGAUAUAUUAUACUAUGAUAUGAAGUUUAACAAUAUAUCUUUUGGGUUAAAAAGAUUAAUUGUCAUUUAACCAAAGAUUUUUUAUAUUUUUUGAUUUAGAGGUCGAGUUA